AUGGCUUCUCAGGAACAUGACCUGGACGAGGAGAUGUGGGAGGAGAAUGCUAGCCUUAGGAAGCAGCUUGCCGAUGCUCAGCAUAGGCUGCAAAAUCUGAACGAGCAAUACAAGGAAGAGACGUUUUUCUGGAGGAGCAGAGCACUGGAACUGCAAUUAGAGUUUGCAAAAGCCGCGGCGGCCACAAACGAGGCCACGGAGGCGAAUGGCCGAGGUAGAAACGGUUCAAAAGAGCCAGAGGUCCAGGAGGAUUCUAAGCGCAGAGCGCAGCACCAGGAUGUGGAAAAGCAGCUGGAGGAGCUCCACUCGCGCAAGCAGGAGGCAGAAACAAGACUGGCGCGGAGCGAGCGGCUUUCGGAGCAGCUCAAAGAGCAAGCCUGCGAGCAGGCCGUUCAGGCUUUGACCCGGGAUGGCUUUGGGCCCGCGGAGACCUUCGCGAGCUCACUUAGCGAAGUCGAGGCUCCCACUUUGCGUUGGGCACAGCAUCAGAUCGAAAUGCGCUGGCGCCAGCUUGCGUCUGCGAGGAAGGGAAGCGGAAAGGGCGAUCCUCGAUGGAAACAGGGAAGCAAUCAGCAGGUUCCAGCGCAGGUUAUCACUUGCUCCCUGCCCUACCUGCCGGAAGAUGGAAACUUCGAGGAAGUCUGGGAGACCAAAGACUGUGGCUUCGUGCUCGGCUUUGCAGCUCUUGCAGCGGCGCUGGGCUACGGCGUCCACGGCCCUUGCAUUGACCGUUUCGGCGUGAUGUUUGGGCUUUGCACGGCCCUGGGAGGUUGUUGCUUGGGCGUGGCGACGCUGGCCACAGCCCAGACCCAGGCUGCCUUCGUGGCGGGCUCCGCCUUAAUUCGGUUCAGCUACGCUGCUGGUUGGCCAGCCGAGAUGAAGGCGCUGAAGCUGCUGGUGCCGGAUGAGUACCAGGGCAUGGCGGUUUCGGCAUUGGGCUUCGCUUCGCGGGGUGGAGCCAUCCUGGGCCGCGGCUUCUUCGGAGUGCUUCUUCGAAGCUUCACUUGGAGACAAAUCGCCUGGCAGGCUGCACAAGUCCUCUUUGCUGCUGGAGGCCUCGCUGUGCUUGUGAUGCGAGGGCUCCUUUCUGCCAAGUCCACGGGCAAGGCAAGCUCAGCAAAACGGCCGAUGCGAGGCAUCCGAGAAGCACUGCAGGAGCCGGCAGUCUGGCUGGUGACAGCAGCUUUUGCUUGCCUGUGCCAUGUGCAGCACGCCGAUGAUUUCAUGCCGCUUCUCUUCCAGGGCCUCACAAAAUCCAAAAGUGUCGUCUUGUCCUGCGUUUAUCCAGGUGGCGGCAUAGCUGCCAUGCUCUUGAAUGCCUGGAGGGGCUACCUCUUGCAGCACCAUCAGCGUGAGCAGCUUUACGUGGCAAGCAGUGUGCUGGCGGCCCUGCUGCUGGGUUUGCUGCUUUUCCUCUCCGCUUCCGGAGAGAUUUUCACAGUCCUCGUGGCCAGUUCCCUGUUCCUGGUGGCCUUCUGCUGUGCGUUUCCGUAUUACCUGGUGCCCAACCUCUUCGCUUUUGAUCUGAUGGGCACCGAGUGUGCCACGCUCAUUGGCUUCUUUGAGCUGACCUCGUUUUGUAGCAUGAUGCCGGCCCAUAUGGUUCUCCUACGGAUCGCUGGGACUUACGGCUGGACCUAUGCGCUGCUGCAGAUGGUACUGACCAUGUGUUGCGCGGCCAUCUUCUUGUCCUUGCUGAUCCCAAAGUGGAGAGCCAUCGCCGCUCAAGGAAGGGGUCCAACAGGCCCAGCCGGCGUGGCCGUCGUUGAAGACGGCCACGUGACCAGCUAUACGCAGCUCCGCCCUGCCGGAUCUGUGAAGGCUUCAUGA